CCAGCUGCAAACAGGGAAACAAACGAGCUGCUGCAGUGAACGGAGCCGGUGGAGCAGAGGACUGCUCGGUGUUUUACACACAAGGACCUGCUUAAUGGAUCUAAACCAGUGUGGCAAUUUAUUUUUGAAAUAACAAAAUUAAAAAAAACAACAACAAAACAAUUUCCAUGUUAUUUGUCAUAGAAAGGGUUGGUUUGUUCUUUGAAAUAUGUCUGGAAAUGAAUUAAGAAGCUGAACAUUUUCAAGGGAGAAAGAAGUAUAAAAGAGACCUCCAGCAGAAGGCUGAGAGUGGGACAUACUCUCCGUUUGGAGGUGGGAUUUGUUUUUGACAAUGGAACCAUCAGGAGGUGGAGGGAAAUCAUAAGAUGAUUUUUAAGUGACAGUUCAGACCCAGAAGAGCACAUACAACAGUUGCUGGCAAAUGUGAAGACUGUGAGAAAGAUCAGCACCAUACGGGAGCGUGCCCAUUUUGUGGAUUUUUCGUUCUCUAAUGUGGAUCUAUUGCUUUAGCACCACUACUGGGACAAAAAAUGGACCUAAUUCCUUCACAGAUUGCCUGUGUAAUGGUUUACUGCAUUAUAAUAUUGUUGCCCUGAGAUGCUGUGGAGACAUAUCUAAAUUUAAGAUGCAAACACCUCUUGGAAGAGGAUACGUAAGAGACACCUUUCCAAAAACUGCAAUGGCUGAUUGCAUACUAAGGUUUCCGAUCCAUUAUUUCUUCAUGCCUGUCUUCCUGUUGGUCUUCUCCCUGGUUACACCUGCCUAUGCCAUUCAUUUGGAGUCCAUCGAGAGCCACAGUGAGUUUACCUGUGAGCCCAUCAGACUGAGAAUGUGCCAGGAUCUGCCUUACAACACAACAUUCAUGCCCAAUCUUCUGAACCACUAUGACCAGCAGACUGCUGCACUAGCAAUGGAGCCUUUUCAUCCAAUGGUAAACCUGGUGUGCAGUGCUGAUCUGAGGAUGUUCCUGUGUGCACUAUACGCUCCAGUCUGCACUGUGUACGGCCACGUUUCCAUGCCAUGCCGAUCCCUUUGCCAGCGCGCCAAGGAUGAGUGCCACAAACUCAUGGAAAUUUUUGGCGUAGCCUGGCCAGAUGAUAUGGAAUGCAGCAGGUUCCCAGAUUGUGACGAGUCCUAUCCUCGUCUAGAGGACCUGCUAACAGGCUCUGAACCCACUGACCAAUCAUCAAUGGCCGUCCAAAGAGAUUAUGGUUUCUGGUGCCCCAGAGAGCUCAAGGUCGACCCAGACCUGGGUUACACUUUUAUGGGCAGGAAGGACUGUUCUGCCCCAUGCCCCUCAAUGUUCUUCAACCAGCAGGAGCUCACCUUCAUCCGAUACUUCAUUGGAGUUGUUUCCAUUGUUUGUCUGUCUGCAACGCUCUUCACCUUCCUGACAUUCCUGAUUGAUGUUACAAGGUUCCGGUACCCUGAGCGACCAAUCAUCUUCUAUGCUGUGUGUUACGUCAUGGUGUCGCUGGUGUUUUUCCUGGGUUUCCUGCUGGAAGGCAGGGUCGCGUGCAACCCUGUCAGCCCUUCCCAGUUCAGAGCAUCCACCAUAACACAGGGCUCACACAACAAGGCAUGCACCCUGUUCUUCAUGGUUUUGUAUUUCUUCACUAUGGCCGGCAGUGUGUGGUGGGUCAUACUGACAAUCACUUGGUUCUUGGCUGCCGUGCCUAAAUGGGGCAGCGAGGCCAUUGAGAAGAAAGCCCUCCUCUUCCAUGCGAUUGCCUGGGGCCUCCCAGGGGCCCUGACCGUCACCCUGUUGGCCCUGAAUAAAAUCGAGGGAGAUGGGAUCAGUGGAGUGUGUUUCAUAGGGCUGUAUGACAUAGACGCCCUGAGGUGGUUUGUUCUGGCUCCGCUCUGUGUCAAUGUGGCGGUUGGCGUCUCCCUGCUUUUAGUGGGCAUUGUCGCUCUGAACAGGGUGCGCAUGGAAAUUCCCCUGGAGAAGGAGAACCAGACCAAACUAGUCAAGUUCAUGAUCCGGAUGGGAGUGUUCUCUGUGCUGUACCUGGCUCCCUUGUUCACUGUGAUUGGCUGCUACAUAUACGAGCACACAUACCGGAAGAUCUGGGAGAAAACAUGGAUGGAGAACAACUGCAGGCGUUAUCACAUCCCAUGCCCAUACAAGGUUGAGGAGACCAGCAGGCCGGCCAUGGUUUUGUUCCUAAUUAAAUAUCUGAUGAUGCUCGUGGUGGGGAUCCCCUCUGUUUUCUGGGUGGGCAGCAAGAAGACCUGUUUUGAGUGGGCCAGUUUCCUACAUGGACGCAGGCGCAAAGACAGUGGGGUGAAUGAGUCUCGCCAGGUUCUGCAAGAGCAGCCGGACUUUGCUCAGUCUCUGCUGCGUGAGCCCAACACCCCCAUCGUUAGGAAGUCCAGAGGGACAUCCACUCAGGGUACUUCCACACACGCCUCCUCCACCCACUUAGCUGUUCUAGACGACCUUGAUGAACCAGUUAGAACUCACCACGGGCACCCCUCCUCCACCAGGAGUAAGGCCAGCAGCGUCCACAGCAAGGCCAGCUACCACGGCAGCCUGCGGCGCACUCGAGAUGACAGGAGCGAUACCGUGGUUUACCGAGGUACAGAGGACCGCAGUUUCCAUGGCAGUUUCCAUGGCAGCAAUCCACGUCUCGACCAUCCGCUCUCCACUCACAGCAGCCUCCAUCAGAUAGACAGCCACUCGAGGCACAGCAGCCAGCGAGACGUGUCUGUGGCGCCACCUACCCUCAUCACACAUGGAACAACAGCGAGUGACGGCCGAGCGGCUGAGAACGAAGGCGCCAGCGCCUGAGACACUGGAUCAGUGAAAGGAUGGAGACGUGAAGCAGAUACACAGCAGUCUUUUGUGUGUUUUCUUUUUUGAGGAUGGGGAAUGUGUCUCUGAGUGCUGUGUUGGUAAUCUGUGGUUGUUUGUGAGCAGUAACCAUGACUCCUCUAAAUUUUGAUGGAGUUUGGCUGUAAGGUGGACCAGUUUGCUCACUGAAUUAUUUUGAGUUUACACCUGGUCUGCUUGAUUCAACAGGCUGAGCCAACAGGAAUAAAUCCCCGUCCUCUUUUGGUGACACUCGAGACAUUAUUCAGGGAAAGCUAGCAAUGGAAACAAACAGACACUGACAAAGGUGUAUCUCAGUCUGGUUGAUAGUGGCAUCAUCCAUAUAUUGGUGAUCAUCUUUCAGGACCUAUAUGAAUAUAAUGUUAAAUACCCAAA